AUCCACUCCUGACACAGAUGUUGGCAAAAGGACAAACAUGGCAUUUGAAACGACACUUUAUACAGCAGCUGGUUUACUGCUGUUAAUAGAGGUCAGGGGAAGGUGCUGACGGAGUCUUUGGAAAGUACCUCAACCUCCCUGACAAGAAGGAAGGGAAGGUGCUGACGGAAUCUUUGGAAAGUACCUCAACCUCCCUGACACAGGUGAAGGUGGAAGGACACAAGCAUUGAGAUUGAACAUUUGAAAACACUCUUGUAGACAGCAUGGAAAGGCAAAUGAGGCCAGCGAGUUAUGACAUGAGUGGACAACGCAGAGCUUUAUUGCUAAUUGUCAGGGACAAGGAGAAGAUGAAGAGUAACCGUUGCAGUUUUGAAGUUGACCGUCAAACAAUGGAGACGUUUUUUGAGGGGUGUGGUUUCCAGUAUCGCAGUGUGCUGGACGAAACAGCUCAGGAAAUGAAGGAGGAAGUAAUAAACUUCAGAAACAGCAUCAACAGGAGCAGCGGGAACAUCAGCUGUGUGUUUGUGGUGACUUCGUCUCACGGACACCGGGACGUCAUCAUAGGUGCAGAUAAAAAGACCCUGGCAGUAAAAGAUAUAAUCGAACCGUUUGGAGACGAGCUGUGUCCCAAGAUGAAGGGGAAACCUAAGGUCUUCAUCAUAGAUGCCUGCAGGGGGAGUAACCAUGAUACUGGAGUUCACUUUGAUUCUGCUGCUGAUGAAAAACGAUCAAAGGAAGCCAUGGCCACAAAAGAGUACCGGUCCACUCGGGUGCCACCGUGCAUCAAUGACAUGCUGGUUGCAUAUGCAGCCAUGACAGAUUACGUGGGCAUGAUGAUCAGCACCUUUGGGUCACAUAUGAUUUACAACAUUAGUCAAGUGUUUUCCUCACCUGGUGCAGCAGAAGAACAUGUCUACAACUUGUUUGUGAAGGCCAACGCAAAGAUGGUGGCAACACCCGUAGAUGUCACAGUCGAUGAAGGGAAGCCGACUCAGAGAACGGAACGUCGUAAAAUAAUUAUGACAAUGGAAUCCACCCUCAGGAAAACCCUUUACUUGAGAAGUUCAAAUGACUCUGGUGUUAAAACUAUUGAACAGAAGGGAAGGAAGUAGAUUUAUUUGAGCUUCCUGUUCUCAGCAUUACAUGUUAUUUCCUUGCUCUAUUUGUCUACAAGAUCUUCCCAUUGUAAUAUUCCUCCAUUUCUUUGGGCAUUUUAAGAAAUUCUUAAACCAGUAGUCAAAUAAAUGUACAGAUUCUUCAGUGGUCACUAACCUUUAAUCUACCACUCAGAUGUUUGUUUUUUUAAACACGACUUUAAAAAAAUCUUGAGCCUUAACAUGAACCAUUUAAAGACAGGAGCAUUGGGGUUUGUGCAGUAGGCAAGGCACAAUGCAUUAUCAUUGCAUAUUGGCUUAGAAUUGCCCUGCCAAUGCUGUUCUUCACAGACCAUUUUGAAGUUUAUAUGAUAAAUGUGUAGGUAUAUACACAUCACCACGUGUUGUAUGACAUGUGAGACACAGCUGAGUGAGCGUGGUCAUUUCUGUUCUACUGGUCUGAUGGCCUGCAGUCUGAGGGGAGAGAGGGAAGAGGCUGCCUCUCAUCUGACUCACCGUCUCUCUGCUCUCCCUCCCUCCCGUUAGAAAAGGGGACACAGCUGAGUGAGCGUGGUCAUUUCUGUUCUACUGGUCUGAUGGCCUGCAGUCUGAGGGGAGAGAGGGAAGAGGCUGCCUCUCAUCUGACUCACCGUCUCUCUGCUCUCCCUCCCUCCCGUUAGAAAAGGGGACACAGCUGAGUGAGCGUGGUCAUUUCUGUUCUACUGGUCUGAUGGCCUGCAGUCUGAGGGGAGAGAGGGAAGAGGCUGCCUCUCAUCUGACUCACCGUCUCUCUGCUCUCCCUCCCUCCCUUUAGAAAAGGGGACACAGCUGAGUGAGCGUGGUCAUUUCUGUUCUACUGGUCUGAUGGCCUGCAGUCUGAGGGGAGAGAGGGAAGAGGCUGCCUCUCAUCUGACUCACCGUCUCUCUGCUCUCCCUCCCUCUCUUUAGAAAAGGGGACACAGCUGAGUGAGCGUGGUCAUUUCUGUUCUACUGGUCUGAUGGCCUGCAGUCUGAGGGGAGAGAGGGAAGAGGCUGCCUCUCAUCUGACUCACCGUCUCUCUGCUCUCCCUCCCUCCCUUUAGAAAAGGGGACACAGCUGAGUGAGCGUGGUCAUUUCUGUUCUACUGGUCUGAUGGCCUGCAGUCUGAGGGGAGAGAGGGAAGAGGCUGCCUCUCAUCUGACUCACCGUCUCUCUGCUCUCCCUCCCUCCCGUUAGAAAAGGGGACACAGCUGAGUGAGCGUGGUCAUUUCUGUUCUACUGGUCUGAUGGCCUGCAGUCUGAGGGGAGGGACGGAAGAGGCUGCCUCUCAUCUGACUCACCGUCUCUCUGCUCUCCCUCCCUCCCUUUAGAAAAGGGGACACAGCUGAUGGUGAAACUCAAGAGCGUUAUUUCUGCCUCCAUGUUGUUACUCCUGUGACCAGAGGAAGUGAAAUAUUCCUCCACAUUAAAAAGACUGCAGUGCUGGUUGUAGCGUCAGUGGAAGUAGGAUGAAAGUCGUGCAUAACAGCAAACAUGAACUUCCUCAUAAAAACAGCAGCUCUUUGCUGUCUUCAGUGAGUCUCUCUAGUUGUGGUUUUAAACGUUUUUAAAAUCUCACGGUGUAAACGGUGCUUUUCGAGGCUUCGGUCUGUAGUCUACGGCUCCGAGGAAACUGUGCAGACACAGUGAUUGGUCAGCGUUAGGCCUAUAGGUGCACUUCAUUUGCUCUCUGGGCCUGCCGGGUAGGCGGAGUUUUACCUUCAGACACAAGAAAUGGUUCAAAAUGGGAACACUUUGCCUUCCCUGACGCGAAGGCUGCUGAAUCAAGUGCACCUAAACGCCAACAGUGUCAAACAAAAAAAUAUAUAAUAUAGCGCUUUAUCCACAGAGUUUCUAAACCCAGAGGCGCAACAUCGGGAGACUUCUGUGAACACUUGUGAAACAGAUGAAACAGACCAGACCGGGGAAACAGACCGGGGAAACAGACCAGACCGGGGAAACAGACCAGACCUGGGGAAACAGACCAGAACUGGGGAAACAGACAAGACCUGGGGAAACAGACCAGACCGGGGAAACAGACCAGACCGGGGAAACAGACCAGACCGGGGAAACAGACCAGACCUGGGGAAACAGACCAGACCGGGGGAAACAGACCAGACCGGGGAAACAGACCAGACCUGGGGAAACAGUCCAGACCGGGGGAAACAGACCAGACCUGGGGAAACAGACCAGACCUGGGGAAACAGACCAGACCUGGGGAAACAGACCAGACCGGGGAAACAGACCAGAC